AUAUUUACCAGUGGUAAAGAUGAAAUUGGGUUGGUUGUGCUUGGUUCUGACAAGACACAGAAUCCACUUGAUUACCCAAAUAUAAAUUGUGUUGUAAUGCGAGGUUUUAAUGAAGAUGAAGUGUGCAGUUUUGUGGAGUUAACAAAAGAGAAAAAUGUUGAUGUAAGAUUUAUUGAGUACAUGCCUUUCAGCGGCAACAAAUGGAAUGAUGGGAAGAUGGUCUCAUUUAAUGAAAUGCUCCAAAUAAUUAGAAAGCAGUGGCCUAAUUUUGAUCCUCUUCCCAAUGGGCCCAAUGAUAACUCAAAGGCAUCCCAUGUCCCGGGCUUCAAGGGAUGCGUGGGAUUUAUUACCUCAAUGAGUGAACACUUCUGUGGCACGUGCAACCGUUUACGGAUAACAGCUGAUGGCAAUUUGGAGGUGUGUCUCUUUGGGAAUUCAGAGAUAUCUCUCAGAGAUGCAAUACGAAGCAAAUGCAGUGAGGAUGACUUGCUUGCCAUGAUUGGGGCAGCAGUGAGAAGAAAGAAGAAACAACAUGCAG